AUGGCGCAGCAAACCCCGAACAACCUCGCGCAAUUCAAAUAUGCGGCAAUGUCCAAUUUGGUCUUGCAGGCGGACAGAAGAUUUACAACGCGCCGACCGGACGAGCAUACUGGCGAUCCCGAGUCGCUCGCAGGUCGCAUCAACAUUCGGGAUAUGGGAGGGCGCACAGCACGGGACAGGGCGCCUACAGAACAAAAGAAACCCAAGGGUCCUGGUAUCGAGCGCGGUAGCUUGACAGAGGGUGGCGACGUUCUGGACCGCGAACAGCGCAAAAGGAAACGAGACGAUGGCGCAGCCUUUGGUGCUUCAGCAACAGUCGACUUCAAUAUUGAGGGCCUGACCUAUAAGCCACGGACACCUGCGACUCGCGCUACCUUCGAACUCAUCACUACCAUAGUGAGCAAAUCUCUUGGAGACGUCCCGGUCGCGACCACCAGAAGUGCUGCCGAUGCAGUGCUGGAAUUCUUGAAGGACGAUAGCCUGAAGGAUUUUGACAAGAAGAAGGAAGUCGACGAUCUUCUGGGUACAUCCAUGGGCGCAAAAGAGUUCAAUGAGCUGGUCAACCUUGGCAAGAAAAUCUCCGACUACAACACGCAAGAUGACGAGGAAGAGAAGGACGAAAUAAUGGGCGACGGUGAUGGCGCUGAGAAUGAUGACAACCAGGGUGUAGCAGUCGUGUUCGACGAAGACGAAGACGAUGAAGAAGGCGCCCAGACGUUUGAGGUCCGCGACGCCGACACGUCUGACGAGGAAGACGAGGCGGAGACUGCAGUCGAGCAGAUUGGCGGCGAAGAUGGAGACAUUGGUGGAAUGGCAGAUACGGAAGAGAUGGUCAUACAAGGCGAUGUAGCAGUGUCGACAGACCGGAAAGGAGACGGCGAACAGCUUAUCCCCGCACACGAAAUCGAUGCUUUCUGGUUGCAACGGCAAAUUGGACAAGUGUACGAGGACGCGCAUACCCAGCAGGAGAAGACACAGGAUGCGUUGAACAUGCUUGCGGGGCUCGACGAGGACGGUGAAGAGAAGCCGUUGCGCGAAAUCGAAAACGACCUCAUGGAACUUUUCGACUACGAACACCAUGAGCUCGUGGCAAAACUUGUGACCAACCGCGAUCGGGUGGUUUGGGUCACACGAUGGCGACGAGCCGCAGAAGACAAGGACGAGCGAACGGCUGUUGAGCGAGAGAUGAAGGCUGCUGGACAGCAACAAAUCCUGCAAGAGCUGCGUGCAAGAGAAACUGGUGUCAAGACGGAAGAUGGAGGGCAAGGAAAGAUGAAAUUCAACCUAAAGGACAUCAGCUUGCCUGAGAUUAAGGAUGAAGAUAUGACAGACGCCCCACGGCCUGACGGAGUGGUUGGCGGUCUUCAGCCCUCCAGCCGACUUGUCAACUUGGAUAACAUUGUCUUCGACCAAGGCAACCAUCUCAUGACCAACCCCAGCGUCAAGCUGCCACAAGGAUCAACGCGCCGCCAGUUCAAGGGCUACGAAGAGAUCCAUGUGCCUGCGCCGAAGGCGAAGCGCGACCCCAGCGAAAGGCUUAUGCCUACUUCUGAGUUGCCGGACUGGGCAAGACCAGGUUUCGGUAACUCGAAAUCGCUCAAUCGGAUUCAGACGAAGUGCUUUCCCACGGCUUUCAAUGACGAUGGCAACAUGCUCAUUUGUGCCCCAACUGGUUCCGGAAAGACCAACGUUGCUAUGCUUACCAUGCUUCGCGAGAUUGGCAAGCAUCGCAACCCAACAACCGGAGAGAUUGCUCUCGACGACUUCAAGAUUAUCUACAUUGCCCCGCUCAAAGCGCUUGUAGCGGAACAAGUCGGUAACUUUGGAAAGCGUCUCGAGCCCUACGGCAUCAAGGUUGCCGAGCUUACGGGUGAUCGUCAACUCACCAAGCAGCAAAUUGCAGAGACGCAGAUCAUCGUUACUACUCCAGAGAAGUACGAUGUUAUCACGCGCAAGGCCACGGAUACCAGCUACAUCAACCUGGUUCGCCUGAUCUGUAUCGACGAGAUUCAUCUUCUCCACGACGAGCGUGGCCCUGUCAUCGAGAGCAUUGUCAGUAGGACCCUGCGCCGCAGCGAGCAGACUGGCGACCACGUACGAAUUGUUGGUCUCAGUGCCACUCUUCCCAACUACCGCGAUGUAGCAAGCUUCUUGCGUGUCGAUCCAGACAAGGGCCUGUUCCACUUCGAUGGAACCUUCCGACCGUGUCCGUUGAAGCAAGAGUUCAUUGGUGUGACAGAUAAGAAGGCCAUUAAGCAACUCAAAAUGAUGAAUGAUGUCUGUUACACAAAGGUCCUCGAACAGGUCGGCGAGCACCGAAAUCAGAUGCUCAUCUUUGUGCACUCUCGUAAAGAGACAGCAAAGACCGCCAAGUACAUCCGUGACAAGGCUCUUGAGGAGGAGUCGAUUGGCAAAAUCUUGCGCUCUGAUGCUGCUAGUCGAGAGAUUCUGAGGGAAGAGUCCGAGGCAGUCCAGAACGCCGAUCUCAAGGAUGUCAUGCCUUAUGGUUUCGGAAUCCAUCACGCUGGUAUGUCGCGAGCAGACCGUACGAUCGUCGAGGAUCUGUUCGCGGAUGGCUCUAUCCAAGUUCUUGUGUGUACAGCAACUCUAGCCUGGGGUGUCAACUUGCCAGCACAUACCGUCAUCAUUAAGGGAACACAGAUCUACUCUCCUGAAAAGGGUAGCUGGGUUGAGCUGAGCCCGCAAGAUGUGCUGCAAAUGCUUGGUCGUGCUGGUCGUCCUCAGUAUGAUACCUAUGGCGAAGGUAUUAUCAUCACAACGCAAGCCGAAAUUCAGUACUACCUGUCUCUCCUCAAUCAACAACUCCCGAUUGAGUCUCAACUCGUCGGCAAAUUGGCGGACAACCUGAACGCCGAAAUCGUUCUCGGCAACGUACGCACCAGAGACGAGGCUGUCGACUGGUUAGGCUACACAUAUCUCUUUGUGCGCAUGCUUCGGUCACCCGGUCUAUACCGUGUAGGUCCCGAGUACGAAAAUGACACGGUGUUGGAGCAAAGACGUGUGGAUCUCGUACACGCCGCGGCACACGUCCUGGAGAAGUGUAGUCUUCUCAAGUACGACAAGAAGACCGGUGCACUCCAGCCCACCGAGCUUGGAAGAAUUGCUUCUCACUACUACAUCUCGCACAACUCCAUGGCGACAUACAACCUGCAUAUCCAGCCAGGUAUCAGCGCCAUCGAACUCUUCCGCGUAUUUGCACUCAGUGAGGAGUUCAAGUUUAUUCCCGUACGACAGGAUGAGAAGCUAGAACUUGCCAAAUUGCUCGGCAAGGUUCCUAUCCCUGUCAAGGAAGGUGUUGAGGAGGCGCAAGCCAAGAUCAACGUGUUGUUACAAGCCUACAUUUCACGACUCAGGCUCGAAGGUCUGGCACUCAUGGCCGAUCUUGUGUACGUGACACAGUCGGCAGGCCGUAUCCUCCGUGCCAUCUUUGAGAUCUGCUUGAAGAAAGGCUGGUCUCAAGUCGCCAAGCUAGCACUCGACAUGUGCAAGAUGGCCGAGAAGCGCAUGUGGCCAACAAUGACACCUCUUCGACAGUUCCCUACCUGCCCGCGAGAUAUCGUGCAGAAGGCAGAGCGUAUCGAUGUGAACUGGUCAAGCUACUUUGGCUUAGACCCACCAAGCAUGGGUGAGCUUCUCGGUAUGCCAAAAGCUGGCAAGGUUGUCUGUCAGUUGGUCGAGAAGUUUCCUCGUCUGGAAAUCGAAGCAACACCUCGUCCUGUAACAAGAUCACUGCUGCGCCUGGAGUUGCUCAUCAGACCAAACUUUGUCUGGGACGAUGCGCUACAUGGCACAUCCGAGGCUUUCUGGAUCCUUGUUGAAGAUUGUGAUGGUGAACAGAUUCUGUUCCACGAUCAAUUCAUCCUCCGUAAGGAUUACGCACAUGGUGACGUGGCCGAGCACCUGCUUGAGUUCACGGUGCCUAUUGAUGAGCCGAUGCCGCCAAACUACUUCAUCACUGUUCUCUCCGAUCGAUGGAUGGCCUCCGAGACCAAGCUUGCUGUCUCUUUCCAGAAGCUGAUCCUACCAGCCAAGUUCCCUGCGCACACACCUGUGCUCGACCUGCAGCCUCUACCCGUAUCAGCUCUGAAGAAGAAGGAGUACAUGGGCCUGUACGAGAACAUUGGUCGCUUCAACAAGGUUCAGACGCAAACCUUCAACACGUUGUACACGUCGGAUGACAAUGUCCUUGUUGGCGCGUCGGCAGGCAUUGGCAAGACUUUGUGUGCCGAAUUCGCAAUCCUUCGACACUGGUCGAGCAAUAACGAAGGCCGAAUUGUCUACCUCGCACCAUUCCAGGAGCUUGUGGACAAUCAGUACAAGAACUGGAAUGAGCGCCUGUCCAAACUCGGUGGGGGUAAGGACGUGGUCAAGCUGAGUGGCGAGAACACAUCCGACCUGCGCUUGCUCGAGAAGGGUGACCUGAUUUUGGCGACCCCAGCUCAGUGGGAUUCCAUCUCACGACAAUGGCAGCGCAGAAAGAAUGUACAGACAGUUGCUGUUCUGAUUGCGGAUGAGCUGCACAUGCUGGGCGGUUUCGGUGGUCAUGUCUACGAGAUUGUGGUCUCACGUAUGCAGGCCAUGGCUGCUCAACUGGAGUCGAAGCUGCGCAUCGUCGGUCUCAGUGUAUCCUUGGCGAACGCGCGCGACAUUGGAGAGUGGAUUGGAGCCAACAAGCACACCAUCUACAACUUCAGCCCCGCGAUCCGUGCCGUACCCUUGGAGCUCAAGAUCCAGUCCUUCACCAUUCCUCACUUCCCCUCGCUGAUGAUGGCGAUGGCUCGUCCGACCUACUCCGCUAUCACACAACUGUCGCCCGAUAAGCCAGCCAUGAUAUUCGCGCCCAACAGGAAGCAAGCUCGUAACUCUGCGGUCGACCUUUAUGCUGCCUGUGUUGCAGAUGAGGACGAAGAUCGCUUCCUUAAUGUAGAGCUGGAAGAGAUUCAGCCUAUUCUGGAGAAGAUCAACGAGCAGGCGCUCUCCAAAUCCCUGUCGCAUGGUAUCGGCUACUUCCACGAAGCUUUGAACUCGUUCGACAAGAAAGCUGUGCAGCAUUUGUUCAAGGUCGGUGCCAUCCAAGUGCUUAUUGUUUCUCGCAAUUCGUGCUGGGAGAUCGACAACAGCGCGCAUCUUGUCAUUGUGCAAGGUACCCAGUUUUACGAGGGCCGCGAGCAUCGUUACGUCGACUACCCCAUUAGCGAGAUCCUGCAAAUGUUCGGCAAGGCAGGCAGGGUCGGUCAGGAUAAGUCAGCGAAGGGUGUUCUCAUGCUUCCUGCUGUCAAGCGCGAGUACUACAAGAAGUUCUUGAACGAGGCGCUGCCUAUCGAGAGUUAUCUCCACGACUACCUGCACGAUGCCUUCGUUGCUGAGAUCAGUUCGAAGACGAUUGAGUCCACUCAAGAAGCUGUUGACUGGUCCACCUACACAUACUUCUACCGCCGACUGCUCGCAAACCCGAGCUACUACAACCUUCACGACACGUCUCACGAAGGUCUGAGCGCACACUUGUCCGAGCUUGUUGAGCAGACCUUGAAGGAACUGGCAGAUGCCAACCUCAUCGAGCAUGACGAAGAGGAAGAUGCGAUCACACCUCUCAACCCUUGUAUGAUUGCAGCGUACUACAACAUCUCGUUCAUCACUAUGCAGACGCUCAUGAUGUCUUUGAAUGGCCGAACCAGCCUCAAGGGCGUGCUUGAGAUCAUCACAGCUGCAACCGAGUUUGAGGACAUCCAAAUACGUCGACACGAAGACCACAUUCUGCAACGUAUCUACGACCGUGUCCCAUACAAGAUGCAGGAGCCCAACUUCGAGACCCCACAUUUCAAGGCGUUUGUGUUGCUCCAGGCCCACUUCUCUCGCAUGCAGCUUCCCAUCGAUUUGGCCAAGGACCAGGAGAUUGUCAUCCGAAAGGUUCUUACUAUCCUGAGCGCAAGUGUCGAUGUGCUUUCCUCCGAAGCACACCUCAACGCCAUGUCCGCCAUGGAGCUCUCACAAAUGGUUGUCCAAGCAAUGUGGCAGAAGGACUCGCCACUCAAGCAGAUCCCUCACUUCGACAACGACACCAUCAAGGCUGCGCAGAAAUUCGAGAUCAACGACGUCGACGACUUCAUCAACGCCAUGGACGAAGACGAAAACCCAGACUACAAGAAGCUCAUCCAAUCGCUCGAGGUCGACCAGCGACAACUGGCCGACAUUGCCAACUUCACAAACAACUACUACCCCAACAUUGAGCUCGAGCACGAGCUCGUCGACCCAGAGGACAUUGCAUCGAACUCGCCGGCUCAGCUGCGCGUCAAGGUCACGCGAAACAUCGAGGACGACGAGGAACUCAAGACGGAGGUCCACGCGCCGUUUUACCCUGCCGACAAGACGGAGAGCUGGUGGUUAGUUGUCGGUGACCAGAAGGAGCACUCGCUGUUGGCGAUCAAGAAGGUUUCGAUUGCGCGGAAGUUGGAGACAGUGUUGGAGUUUACGCUGGAGAAGCCGGGUAGCCAUGAGUUGACGCUUUACCUUGUUAGCGAUAGCUACUUGGGUGUAGACCAGGCGCCGACAUUUAAGGUGGAGGCGGCUGAGGGCAUGGAUGAGGAUAGUGAGGAGGAAGAGGAGUAG